CCCUGCUUUCUGUCUUGGUGUACCUGUCCCAAAGUGCAGGGAUGAAUCCUGUGUGAGGUGUAUUUUCUGCCUGCCUGGUUGAUUUUUGGGGAGCAGAUGUGAUCUGGGUGUGACAGGGAAUCUGCCCAGCCUUGCUGGGUGAACAGACUCAAACCACUGGUUCAUGGAGAGAUGGAAGAGUAACAGUGGAUAAAUCCCAACAUGAUGUCAAUGACAGACAGCACCUGCUCUGCCCUCUCCAACAUCCCAGAGCAUCUUUCCUUUCCUUAUGACACGACAGGAGUGUCCUAGAGCUCAGUUUCUUUCUGACACCACCCAUGGCCUGCACAAGUGAUCUGCCUCCCCCUUCCUUCCCACCCAGCAGGGGAUCCCAGCUCCUCACCCAGCUUUGACACCUCUUUGGCUCUGGGCUCCUGUUGUAUUGCACAAACAGCAACAGGCUCCCAACCUCCUCAAUGAGCUUCAGCCCCUUUGAAUGGAGCCCCUGCUCCUCCCAGCCUGUUUUAAUGAAAUCCUUGUCCCCCCAGCUCUGAUUCCCCCAGUCCCCUUUAGUGGCAUCCCCAGAGCUGCUGUUAAGCCAGACCCUACAGCCCAUCCAGGCCCUGGCCUGGGGCCUGCCUGCCCUGUGCCCAGCCCAGUCCCUGUUGUGGUGUGGGCCUGCUCCCCACUGCUCCUGCAGGGAUGCCAUCACUGGAACGGAUGGGAUGAGAUGGGUUCUGCCUAGGGACAUAUCUUGGGGCCAUCCCAUGGGCUGUGCAGGGCACUGGGCUCAGAGCAGUCUCAAGUGUGUGAGACGAAGGGGCAUGAGGAUGAAUGUGAUCCCACAAACAUCAGGGGGCUGCAGGGCCCUGAAUUUGGGGUGACCCUGCAGAGCAUGUGGGGCCACAGGGCUUUACAGCUCCAAAGGCUGUAAGGCUGUGGGGGCCUUGGAGCCCCUGACUGGGGCAGUCCUUCAGUGAGUCUAGCUGGUGCAUAGGAUGCAGGGGACUCUUCCAGCACACUUUGCAUGGUUUAGUACCCAAAAAUGCCAUCUGGGUGCUCCCCUGAGCAGCAAGAGUCACCUUGUUUUUCCGGUUCUGCCAGGAAGUGGGUGCAGGGCAGAGCACGCCACACAGCCCAGCCCUGCAUUGGGCUGCACCCUGAGCUCGGAUUUGGUAUCCUAAAAGCCAAGGGUUCCCUUCCUUCUGUAUCCAGGAUGCUGCAUCGCACCAUUCACCUUUUCCGGAAGGAACUCCGGCUCCAUGACAACCCAGUGCUGCUGGCUGCCCUGGAGUCCUCAGAGGCCCUGUACCCCGUGUACAUCCUGGACAGAGUAUUCCUGACCUCCUCCAUGCACAUUGGGGCCCUGCGCUGGAAUUUCCUGCUCCAGUCCCUUGAGGAUCUUCACAAAAACUUGGGUCAGAUGGGCUCCUGCUUGCUGGUUAUUCAAGGGGAGUAUGAGAUUGUUCUUAGGGAUCACAUCCGGAAGUGGAAUAUCACACAAGUGACGCUGGAUGCCGAGAUGGAGCCAUUUUACAAGGAGAUGGAGGCCAACAUCCAGCGCCUGGGGGCAGAGCUGGGCUUUGAGGUGCUCUCCCUGGUGAGCCACAGCCUGUACAAUACCCAGCGGAUUUUGGACCUAAAUGGUGGGAGUCCCCCAUUAACUUACAAGAGGUUCCUUCACAUUCUGUCUUUGCUUGGUGACCCUGAGGUGCCUGUCCGAAACCUCACAGCUGAAGACUUCCAGAGAUGUAGGGCCCCUGACCCAGGCCUGGCUGAGUGUUACAGGGUGCCUCUCCCUGUGGAUUUGAAGAUUUCCCCAGAGAGCCUUUCCCCUUGGAAAGGAGGGGAGACUGAAGGGCUGCAGCGCCUGGAGCAACAUUUGACUGACCAGGGCUGGGUAACAAGUUUUACUAAAUCAAGGACAAUCCCAAACUCACUGCUUCCAAGCACCACAGGCCUGAGCCCAUAUUUCAGUAUGGGCUGUCUGUCAGUUCGGACUUUUUUUUAUAGGUUGUCAAACAUUUAUGCUCAGGCAAAGCACCACUCUCUGCCCCCAGUGUCACUCCAAGGGCAGCUGUUGUGGAGGGAAUUCUUCUAUACAGUAGCAUCAGCAACCCCCAACUUCACCCAGAUGGCUGGGAACCCCAUCUGCCUCCAGAUCUGCUGGUACAAGGACGCAGAAAGGCUCCACAAAUGGAAAAUGGCACAGACGGGGUUCCCAUGGAUCGAUGCCAUUAUGACCCAGCUGCGCCAGGAAGGCUGGAUCCAUCACCUGGCUCGGCAUGCUGUCGCCUGCUUCCUGACACGAGGGGACCUUUGGAUCAGCUGGGAAGAGGGAAUGAAGGUGUUUGAAGAGCUGCUUUUAGAUGCUGACUACAGCAUCAACGCUGGGAACUGGAUGUGGCUGUCAGCCAGCGCCUUCUUCCAUCAGUACAAACGGAUCUUCUGCCCCGUCCGCUUCGGGAAGCGCACGGACCCCCAGGGCGACUACAUCAGGAAAUAUUUGCCCAUACUAAAGAACUUUCCCUCCAAGUACAUCUAUGAGCCCUGGACAGCAUCUGAAGAGGAGCAGAAGCAAGCAGGAUGUAUCAUAGGUCAGGAUUACCCCUUCCCCAUGGUGAACCACAAGGAAGCCAGCGACCACAAUCUGCAGUUGAUGAAACAGGUCAGAGAGGAGCAGCACAGAACAGUCCAGCUUACAAGAGCAUCCUCCUGCCUGCUGCAGAAAUGCCUUCCCGAAACCAGAUCUCCUCCACCUGCCCUGACUCCCCAGCCUCAGGUUGGCUAUGUGUGUCUACAAGGUGCAGAAAUCUCUGCAGCUCUGCCCAUUCCUCUUGUAAACCAGAGCAUUCUUAUUUGUCCUUGGUACCAUGAUCUGCCCUAUGCCAUAGCAGAAAUUGAGAUUCCCACUGAGCACAAACCUCUGGAGAGGUGAGUUGUUCCAAGAAAUUUACCUUUUGGCAUGGUUUUCUGCAUUGCUUAACCCUAUGGAUAACAAACAGGUAGUUAUCAGGUAAGGCUAGAACAUUCAAACUGUGCUGAGCCUGAAGUACUUAAUUAAUUAGGUAUUUCCAGUCACACAGAUGUGUCACUUAUGGCACCUGUGCUCUUAAAAUUGAAAUCCCAGGACCUGUGCUGAGCUCAGAGGAAUCCUUCACAGUAAAACAUGGAAUCUCAGCCUGGUUUGAGUGGGAAAUUGAUUUAUUAAAAAAAUGUGGAUAUUGAUCUAUUACCGAUAUCCAACUGUGAUGGACAAAAACUCUCUAACAGUUUAAAGUUAGAAAGUGUAUGUUGAUUACAACGCCGGGCAGCGUGCGGGAUAGCUCCCAAAUACACACCACAAUUUACAGGUGAUUACAGAGUCCUUUUAGCCAUACAAGUAUUGAAUACCCAAAAUACAAAUACAUGUUCAUAACUUUGGUACAUCCCAUUCCCUGCUUCGUAUGGUAGUUAGUUCAAAAGCUAUUAAGCAUGCAUAGUGUGUUCCUUGAAAUGGUCAGUGGUUCCUUUCAUGGGGAGGGGUCCCAAAAUGAGGAAGUAAAUGAAGUCUUCCUCAUUCUGACCUUUCCACCUUUUCAAUGCAAAUAUGACAAAUGAGCCCUCAGUAGAACUCCCAUUCCCUGUGUUCAGUUGGUUUCAGAACAGAGGAGGCCCACAAUUAUCUUAUGUUCCUAAAAGCUAUUUGUCAGUUUCUAUAUUCUUCAUUAUAAACCCAGCUGACCAAACAUUAUGUUGACAAUCAAUCAUUUAUUAGUUAACUACUAAAUCUUAACUUCAUCAGGGCCUACCUAUUUAUUUUAAUUAACUCCAAUAAAGUUUAUCUCUAACUAAAAUCUUAGCUCCUCUAAAAUCUCUGAAUUCCUUAAAGUUCAUGUCUCAAAAGGACUUUAAAGCUCAUCCAGUUUCCAUGCCCUGCCAUGGACAGGAACACCUUGCACUAUCCCAGGUUUUUCCAAACCCUGUCCAGCCUGGCCUUGGACACUUCCAGGGAUCCAGGAGCAGCCACAGCUUCUCUGGGCACCCUGUGCCAGGGCCUCAACAACCUCACAGAGAAGAAUUUCAUCCCAGUGUCCCAUCUAACUCUGUCCUCUAGCAAUGGGAAGCCAUUCUCCCUUGUCCUGUGACUCCAGGCACUUGUCCCACAUCCCUCUCCAGCUCUCUUGGAGCCCCUUUAGGAAGGGUCUGUCAGGUCUCCCUGGAAGCCUUCUCCAGGCUGAACAUUCCUAGCUCUCCCAGCCUGGCUCCAUAAUGGAAUUUAAGUGACAAAAUACCUUUCUAUUUAACAGUGGCCCACAGCAGCCUCUCUAUAUUAUAGAAACCCAACAUGCAGCAGCUGAGGGGAAUCUUAACUGUUCCUUCAUUCACCCCUUUGAUCUGAGGGAAUUAAUUGUUCCAAACCCUGGAAUGGAUACCUAUUAAUGUGUCCAUGAGGUCGCACACUGGAAUAGUACAGAUAUAACCACUGUAUGCUGGCAGUUCUUCCAGCAGCCCUGUGGUAGGGACUGAAUGUUGGGAAAGCCAAAAUUUUGAGAGUCCCUGACUCCAAGCCUUAUCCCAAUACCCAUCUUAAUAUGAAAACCAGCUCAUACAGGGGAGCAGAUAUUGGAAUGGAGUAAGGGAUGGGACUUGGAACAGUCUGGAAGGUGUCCCUGCCCAUGGCAUGGGGUGGAAUGAAAUGAGUUUUAAGGCCCCUUCCAACCCAAAUCAUCCUGGGAUUUCAUGAUUCUUGUUGCCUAUGAUGAGAAGCAUUUUCUGAUACUUUGUAUCUUCACCUGACUGAAGUCAGAGCAGACUUUGCAAACUUUAAUCCUUCUUUAUUUCUU